GACAGAUAUUCAUAAACAGCCGAGUGGAUGGAGAUAGUUUAAAAACGUUUCCCUAAAAAAAAUACAGUGUAGAAGUUAUACGGAUAAUAUCGGCCACUUUCAAACAAAUGUUGUAUUGUAGCUGUUGUCGCUGGAGCUGAAAGUCAAUCUGCAGAGGAAAAAUCUUGAAAAGGAAUGCCAGCCUCAACAACCCCUUGAAUCUCCUGCCAUCAGAGGGAGAGGGUGACAGAAAACGGAGGGAUGGAGGAGACGGAGGAUGAGCGGGCAUCUCAGGCCAGCCAGCUGUUUGAGAACUUUGUGCAGGCCACCACCUGUAAAGGAACCUUACAGGCCUUCAGCAUCCUCUGCAGACAGCUUGAGCUGAACCCCACAGACUACAGAGUUUUCUAUAGCAGUCUGAAAGCUGCAGUCACCUACUGGAAGGCUAAAGGCCUCUGGGACAAACUGGACAAGAGAGCGAGCCACAAGGAGUACAAUAAGGGCAAAGCUUGCGUGGACACCAGGUGUUUCAUUAUUGGUGGUGGCCCCUGUGGCUUUCGGACUGCUAUAGAAUUAGCCUUGCUGGGGGCCAAGGUGGUAGUGAUUGAAAAGAGGGACACCUUCUCCAGGAACAAUGUUCUGCACCUUUGGCCUUACACCAUCCAUGACCUCAGGAACCUUGGAGCUAAGAAUUUCUAUGGGAAGUUCUGCGCCGGAUCUAUAGACCACAUCAGCAUUCGUCAGCUGCAGCUCAUGCUCUUAAAGAUCGCUCUGAUUGUUGGGGUGGAGGUACAUGUCAAUGUGGAGUUUGUCAAACUUCUAGAGCCGCCUGAGGACCAAGGCAGUAAUGGGCCAGGAUGGACGGCUGAGAUCCGCCCAUCUGAUCACCCAGUCUCAGAUUAUGAGUUUGAUGUGAUAAUUGGAGCAGAUGGUAGGAGAAGCACGCUUGAUGGCUUUAAGAGGAAGGAGUUCAGAGGAAAAUUAGCCAUCGCCAUCACGGCAAACUUUGUCAAUCGCAACACCACUGCAGAGGCCAAAGUGGAGGAGAUCAGUGGCGUGGCCUUCAUCUUCAACCAGAAGUUCUUCCUGGAGCUGAAGGAGGAGAUGGGGAUUGAUUUGGAAAACAUUGUCUAUUACAGAGACAACACACACUACUUUGUCAUGACUGCAAAGAAACAAAGCUUGCUGGAGAAGGGAGUGAUCAUCCAUGACUAUAUUGAGACGGAACGGCUGUUGGCGAGUGACAAUGUGAACCAAGAAGCUUUGCUCUCAUACGCCCGUGAGGCUGCAGACUUUGGUACAAAUUAUCAGCUACCCUCAUUAGAUUAUGCAAUCAACCACUACGGCCAGCCAGACGUAGCCAUGUUUGACUUCACCUGCAUGUACGCCUCCGAGAACGCAGCACUGUUGCGGGAAAAGAACGGCCAUCAGCUGCUGGUGGCACUGGUUGGGGACAGUCUGCUGGAGCCUUUCUGGCCCAUGGGCACUGGAUGUGCUCGAGGGUUUCUGGCUGCGUUUGACACAGUAUGGAUGAUAAAGGGAUGGACUCAGGGAAAAGACCCCCUUGACCUCCUGUCGGAGAGGGAGAGCAUCUAUAGACUGCUUCCUCAAACUACUGCCGAAAACGUUUCAAAGAACUUUGAGCAAUACACCAUAGACCCCGCCACCCGUUACCCUAACCUCAACUCUACCUGUGUACGACCAAAUCAGGUACGGCAUCUUUACAUUAACGGCGAGCAGGACUCAAGUUCUCUGGAGCUCAGUGGAUCACGCAGAUCUGUAAACAUCUCCAGAAGAGAGUCAGAGGUGCGUCCCAGUCGGCUGCUGUUGUGGUGUCAGAAACAGACCCAGGGCUACAGGAGAGUGGAUGUGACUGACCUUACAACCUCCUGGAGGAGCGGCCUAGCUCUGUGUGCCCUCAUCCACUGCCAACGACCGGAGCUCAUUGAUUUUGACACUCUGAACGAGGCAGACUGCACUAAGAACAACCAGUUGGCGUUUGACGUGGCAGAGCGCGAGUUUGGCAUCCAGCCGGUCACCACAGGGAAGGAGAUGGAUGCUAAACGGGGGCCAGACAAGCUCAUCAUGGUGCUCUAUCUUUCCAAAUUCUAUGAGAUGUUCCGCAAUUUGACUCAACCUGUUUCAGGUGUACCCAAAGAGACUGAUCCAAAUAAUGAUCCAAAUAAUGAAGAAUAUUCGGCAAAGAUCGAAAACUCUGUUUACAACUCGAUAAAUCUUACACUGCCACGAAAGAGGAUCCCAAAGGUUGAUAAGAAGUUGGAAGGCAAUGACUCAAACAAAAAGAGGAAGAAGGCCACCAGCCACCUGGAGGAGUUGAUGUCCAAUCAGAGUGCCCCCCCUGUAGGUGAGAGAGGAGAACAGAAGGAAAAUAAGGUGCGCUCCAUGGCAACUCAACUGCUGGCCAAAUUUGAGGAAAAUGCUCCAAGCUGUGCCUUGCGCAGACAGACUGAAUCUGGCUCUGAUGCUGAAAAACCAAUAUCUCUGUACAUGACUGAAAACCUACGCUUUGCCAAACCUAAGAGCCAGCCCACACCCCCUCAUUCCCCUCUACCCAAACCAAAAUGGCAGCCAUCUCCUUAUCUAAGACUACUCGAAUCCCAAACACGACAUGAAUCUCAGCACAGAGAUGGUCAGCAUUCUGACCACCAUAUAGAGAUCCAGUCAGGUUAUGAGCAGACGGAAAUCCAGUCCAACCACAAACAAACUGAAGUUCACCACAGUUUCAAGCUAACUGAGAUUUCCUCCAGUUAUCAAACCUGUGAGUCCCAUCCCAUAUCUUCUCACAUUCCCUUCAAAGUUCUCCAGCCAAUUUCUCAAACUCUGCUACCUUCACGGGCAGCAGACCCAUCAGAUUCUCUCCCAGUAAUUACACCAGCAUUGGGCGGGAUGUUCCAGUGUCUGCAAAAGCUAGAAGAAGAAAUCAGCCAGAAAAAAGCCCAGUCUGAAAUGACUAGACAAUUUAACAAAAAGAGCAUAAAGGAACGAGCUCAGCAACUGAACUGCCUGUUCUCUGGCAAGAUGCCUCAAACUCAGGCAGAUGAAGCCUUUUUUGCCACUUCCUCCUCUCCUUCUAAAAUGUCCUCAGAAUGCUCUACUCUCUCCUGUCUUCUGUCUCCUGUUCUUUCAGUGCAACACAAACAGUGCAAUGGAGAUUCAGAAACAGACCAGAACCAUAAUAAACAUACAGACUGCUCUGAAAUCAGACGUGUCGAGUGCCUUGAUGCCUCCAAACAGAGAACAGUGGGGAAGGUUUCCUCUGCCAUUGGGGUUAAAGCAGCUACACUGGCAAUCUUGUAUGAAACUGAUCACAGGCCUAACAAACCGCUUACCCUCUCACUGACCAGCCUGCGGAGGGAGUUUCCUCAGGGCAUGGGUGGCAGUGACACCUGCCACUUCUGUAAGAAGCGAGUGUAUGUAAUGGAGCGACUCAGUGCGGAGGGAUACUUCUUCCACAGAGAGUGCUUCCGCUGUAACAUCUGUGGUUGUACAUUGAGACUAGGCGGCCAUGCUUUCGACUCAACUCAAGGCACUUUUUAUUGCAAGCAGCACUUUUCUCAAUGGAAAACCAGUAGUAGGCAACGAAGAGGAGAGGUGUACGGUGGCAGCAGACCCUCAACAAGUGCUAGUUCUGAUUACAUGGCCACCUACGGCCUCCACAGCCAGCCCUCAGGUACCCUGACUUCCCUUAUUAGGAAAAGUCUGCACUGGCCACUGCACGUGGGCCGCACACUGUUCGGUACGCCCCGCCAGCUUGCCCGUUGGAUGCAUAAGGCGACCCGGGCUGCAAGGCUGCACAUCAGAGAGCGUCAGGAGGACUAUGCCUUCCUUUAUGAGCUUCUGAGUCUGGGCGUACCCUUUAUAUAUGUGCUGCAUGAGAUUGCAGGCCAGAUGAACCAAGAGGGGAACGCUCUCCCCCACAGAGCAUGAUAAGAGUCAGUCGAGCAUUGCAGGGGGCUCUAUGAAUGUCUUAGAGCGGUCCUCCGUACUGCUGGUCUGAUUUGGGGUAGACUUCUUAAACUCAGUAGACCUGGUGAGUCCUUUAUUUGCCUAUGCCAUAUUUAGUGUCGCAGUCUUACAUGGGCACCUUUUGCAGUAUUAUGCGAUUGCACACAAAGCUGAAUUUGUUUUCUUUAUGCUUCUUAUAGGGAUAGUUUAUUCAAAAAUUCAAGUUCUGUCUUGUUUUUACACCCUUAUGUUGUUACAAACCCUUAUGACAUCGACCUUGUAACAUGAAGGUGAAUAAAUGAUGAUAGGAUUUUCAUUUUUGGGUGAACUAUCCAUUUAAACAAGUUAGUUAACUGGUACUUUUUGCUGUAUUGUGCGAUUUGCACCAAAGCUGAACCAAAUUAAUUUAUCUUUAUUCCUCUUAAAGGAAUAGUUCAACCAAAAAUUUUAAUUCUCUUUAUCAUUUACUCACCCUCAUGCCAUCCCUGAUGUUUCUGACUGACUUUCUUCAGCAGAACACAAACAAAGCGUUUUCGUAAAAUAUCUCAGCUCUGUAGGUCCAUACAAUGCAAGUGAAUGGUGAUAUGACCUUUUGUAGCUCCAAAUAUCACAUAAAGGAAACAUAAAAGUAAUCCAUAAGACUCCAGUGGAUAAAUCAUAUCUUUAGAAGCAACAUAAUAGGUGUGGGUGGAAAAACAGACAAUAUUUAAUUAUUGUUUACUCUAAAUCUCCACUUUCAUAUGUGAAAGUGAAACGAAAUGAGCACCACAUGUGACUUUCAGAUGUAAGAGUGGAGAUUUAGUUUAAAGUGCAAUUACAUUUUGAUCUGUUUCUCACUCAACUAUUAUAUCGCUUCUGGAGACAUGGAUUUAACCACUGAAGACUUAGAUUUUGUAAUUUUUGAAGAUGACUUAAAUGCUGCCUUUAUGUCCUUUUUGGACUUUUGGAGUUCUGGUCACCAUUCACUUGCAUUGUAUAGACCUACAGAGCUGAGAUAUUCUUUGUGUUCAGGUGAAGAAAGAAAGUCAUACACAUUUGGGAUGGCAUGAGGGUGAGUAAAUGAUAAGGGAAUUUUGUAAUUUUUGUGGUGAACUAUCCCCUAAACUACGACUAUAGGGGUCUGCAGGGUUUAAGAAAUGUUCAGCAUUUGUGUGAUUGCAAUGUUUGACCAAUUGAAUAAACCAAAGCUGAUAAACCAAAAGCACUUUACUGAAGGGGUGUGCAGCUUUGUCCUAACUGCCUGAAACUGCCAUUAACAUAACAUGUGCAAUUAAAAUGCCAAACAACAUUGUUCUCCCUGUAUAAUGCAUUAUGGUGAUUUAGUUAAUGAGGAAAUAUGGUAGGUUUAUCUUUUCUUUUGUUGUGUUUGUUAAAGGAAUGUUAACAUUUUCUUGUAUUUUAAAGUCUUGGUACAAUAAAGAAUUCAGAAGACCUUAAUAUGAAAAAUAAUUUACUUGCCUGAUGUCUUUUCAAGCCCAUAUGACAUCAAAACAAUGUAGGCAGAAUGUUUGCCUCAGUCACUAUUUACUUUUAUGAAAGUGAAUGGGAAUUGAGGCAUGUCCUUUUGUGUUCCAUGUAACAAAGUCAUACCGGUUUGAAACAACAUGCAAGUGAGCAAAUGACAACAGAAUUGUCAUUUUUGGAUGAACUAUUCGUUUAAAGUUCACAUUGUAUAACCAAAGUUUGAGUUGCAUUUUGUGUUGUAAUGUAAUGCAAGUAGCCUUUAUUGGCAAACUGCAUUGUAUUCUGAAUUGUAUUAUGUUGUAAAAGUUGAGGGAAUAUCCUUCAAGAUUAGUUUUUCCACUCACAAGUAAAUAGGGUAACGUUUCUAAUGUUCAAUCAGUGUUCAAACAUUCCACUAUGUGUGGUGUAGAGUUUUACGAAAUAAUUUUUUUUUUCUUGCACGGUGUUCUUCGUUUAAUGUACUGAACAAGCAUUAUUAUAAUUACAGAAAAAACACUUUUGAUUGAAGUGCUGUUUCCUAAAAAAAUCUCUCUAACAUUGCUUCUUUCUCUUCGUAUUUCAUUCUUCCAUCCUUUACCACAUCAUACAUAGUCUUUUUCAAGUUUCCAAUGCUCCAACCCCGGAUUGGCUGAACCAUGAGAGCCUGUAUUGAGAAUGAAGCAUGAGUCUCAUGUAUGAAUGUUUCUUAUUAACCAUUCGCAAACAGUUUGUGACAUCGCUGUGCCUCACCGAAAGAUGAAAAUCCUUUUGUUUGCACCUAGAGCUAACAUACUAACAGAAGUGCUUUUUCAAUGUGUGGUUUUCUCACUAGUGGCAUGAUUGACUGCGUCCCGUGCAGUAACACUCUUCUCGUUUCUCUCCUUGUUUGUCCUCUAUGUUACAGAGGCUGCUUUACUAUCCCAAUCCCAUGUAAGGCCACUCUUUUGUUCCUUUUCCUAAAAACACAAACUGAGGUUGUCCGCUUUAGAGAUUGCACAAUUUUUUAAAAUCCUUUGAGGAUAAGCUUUUAUGUAAAUUUUUAGCUACUUUGCCUGUGUAUAUCACAAUGAAAGACUGUUUAUCUUAAAUUAUAAUAUUUUAAGCCUGUAAGCAUACAAUAAAUCAAAUUUUAA